AGCUUUGUUUGCAAAUGAGUUCUGUAAUAUUUCAUCCUGUUCUCUUGAAGUAGAGUUAAAGCUCACAGGAAUGAGAAGUUGCCUCUACAAAUCAAACCUCUAGAAGAAAUGGUAACAAUCUUGGGCUGAACUUUUGAAAAACACCAGCAAUUACAUCUAACUUUUUUGGAUUUUAGGAAGUUUCUACAAAGUACAAGAAUGGCUAACUACAACACAGAAGCACAGGCGCCUACUAAACUCAGUCAAGUUCAGGAUCAAGUCAAUGAUGUUAAAGUGAUUCUCAAAGACAACAUCAACAAAGUACUGGAGAGAGGAGAGAGGUUAGAUGACCUGAUCGGCAAAACUGAUGACCUUCAGGCCACGGCUGACUCAUUUCAAAAGACGUCCACACGUGUUGCCAGAAAGAUGUGGUGGAAAAACAUUAAGAUGAUGAUUAUAAUUGGAGUGGUAGUGCUUGCCGUUGUUUUGUUAAUCAUUCUGUUAGCAACAGGUGUGAUUCCCUCAUAAUAUGAAACAAUGUUAUUGUACAAAUGAUCCCAUUCAAUAAUAUGAAUGGUUCAUUACAUCUACAUCCUUGUAAAUGAUAACUGAAUGGCUUUUUAACAUAUAAAAUAACUUUUGGUCUGGAUAAAUAUAUGUGUAUAGUGCUAUUCAUUGGUGUUCUAUACAUUUAAUAGGAUAUAAAAUAUAAAUCUGUGAAGAGUAUGUCAAUAGAGGUUUUGUACAUAUGCUUGAUCUGAUAUUUCUUGUACUGAUUGGGCUGAAAAAAUAGCACAAUUAAUUGUAAUUAUACUCAAAUAAAUGUUUCAGAAUGUAUUUUUAGCUUUUAGUUUGAGACUAACCACUGUGACUUGACGCUUUCAUCCCAGGGGAAUCAGAACUAUUUUAGUCAUUGUAUUUAAUAAAAAAUAUACUGUCAAGGCAACAUAUAGGGAAUUGUAACAUAGUUGCAUACCUCCAGUAGGCCUUUGAGUCUUCGGUACGGCUGGAAGUUUGUAAAUUUGAUGAAAAUGUCUCAUGUGACUCCUGCAAUGCAAUUUCAAGCUUUAAACUACUGUAAAAUCACUUUGUACUCAUGUCACUGAAUAUAAACCUGACAAAGUCCAUGCUCUGGGUUUAUUGUGGAAUGUUUUUGUUGAUAUCUGCUUUUAAAGUUUAAAUUCAUGCUCUUGAAUGUAGCAAUGUGUAGCACUGUUUUUGUCAAGAUGAUGUUUAACCUAAAUAAAUAAUAUGUUCUAUUGUGGAAA